GAGGUGUAACGUGGGGGUAUACGACUUGGGGGCCCCGGACCGUCGGGCCCCGGGUGGCGAAGGCGAAAGUGUGCCGCGUAUAUAAGGCCAGGAACCGACGGCAAUCAGCAUCCAGUUCACUCCUGGACGCACCCGGAACAUCGCGAGAGCAAAAAUGAGAAUCCUGGUUUACGUGGUAGUCGCCGCUCUCGUGGUUGCGACAGCAUGGUCGGAGGACGCGAAAGCGAGCGAGAAAGUCGAGAAGUCGGUUGAGGAAAAGUCCGGGGUCGAGAAGAAGCAAGAGAAGCGUGGCCUGCUAGGUCUGGGCUACGGCUACGGUUAUGACGGCGGAUACGGCAUCGGAUCUGGCGGACACGUCGGCCUCGACUUGGGCACUGGAUACGGUGGAUACGGCGGAUAUAGCCACGGCGGAUACAGCCACGGCGGAUACAGCCAUGGCGGAUACAGCCACGGCGGAUACAGCCACGGCGGACUCGGCGGAUACAUCGACGGCGGUCAUCACGAGCACGUGAAGACCGUGACCGUGGUGAAGAACGUCGCCGUACCGUACCCCGUGGAGAAGCACGUGCCCUACCCGGUAGAGAAACCUGUACCGGUACCCGUCAAAGUGCCCGUACCGCAACCGUACCCAGUUGAGAAGCACGUGCCUUACCCGGUCAAGGUUCUCGUAAAGGUGCCCGUUCACGUGCCCCAGCCGUAUCCAGUCGAGAAGAAGGUUCCCUACCCAGUGCACGUACCCGUCGAUCGUCCCGUCCCAGUCAAGGUCUACGUGCCGCAGCCUUAUCCCGUAGAGAAGCACAUCCAUGUUCCCGUAAAGGUACCAGUGCCGCAGCCGUACCCCGUCGAGAAACCAGUUCCUGUACCAGUGAAAGUCCCAGUCCACAUACCCCAACCGUACCCAGUCGAAAAGCUCGUGCCCUAUCCCGUCAAAGUCCCGGUUGACCGUCCCAUCCACAUACCCGUUCCCAAGCCUUACCCCGUGCACGUCGAGAAGCCCGUACCUUACCCCGUCGAGAAACCCGUGCCCUACCCCGUGAAGGUACCAGUUGACAGGCCAUACCCCGUCCCCGUCGAGAAGCCCGUGCCAGUACCCGUGAAGAUACCAGUGCCGCAGCCGUACCCAGUCGAGAAGCCGGUGCCUUACCCCGUCGAGAAGCCCGUGCCGGUAGCAGUCAAGGUCCCGGUCGACAGGCCGUACCCCGUCCACAUCGAGAAGCCUGUGCCCUAUGCGGUCGAGAAGCCCGUACCAUACCCAGUGCACGUUAAAGUGCCGGUAGCUGUGCCCGUGCACCAUGAACACCACGACCAUCAUGGCUACGUCGACGGUGGAUACGACGGUGGAUAUCAUGGUGGAUAUCAGGGUGGAUAUCAGGGUGGAUAUCAGGGUGGAUAUCAGGGUGGAUAUCACGGUGGCGAUGUAGGCUAUGAUCAUCAUCAUUAAUGCCACAAUUCCGAUUGGUUCUUCGUCGUCGGGUCUUUCGUUCGAGCGUAAACGAAACCCCGCCGCGACGACGGACAACCACGGUCGCCGAGGACCUUGUCGAUAUACUCUUAGGACACGAGGGACCGAUUCGAAAACGUUGUCAUGCGGCGCCACGAGAAGAUACCCGCCACUUUGUACCUGGAUCGGAUCGGGGACAAUUUCCGGCAGAUCGCGUGCCGGACAUUGGUACCUCGACACUGAUCGCGAAGAGGGCGCGGCACGACGACGUGUGCCACCAGUUAGGAAGAACGAAUGAUCAGUAGGGAUGUACUCGUCUUUAGCGAUCUUCGCUCGAGAACAACUCGCUUGUCUUACUUUUGUACCGAUAUUAGCAAAGUAUGUAUUUUUUUACAGAAAAUGAAAUAAAUAUUAUUGUAAAGUAGUUA